AUGCACAUCGGCCACCGAAUUCUCCAACCUAAAAUCAGCAUCUGUUUCUCUACGAAUAAUGUUUCUGUUAUAGAUGGGUUGUUUGAAAUAUCAAAACCGGUGGAUUUACCUAGCUCGUGGGAUUAUGGAGGUGGACCUUCGGCUGCUAACGUGGAUAGUCAAAGUACUCCUAGCAUUAAUACAGUGGUCAAUGAUGCUUCCAUUCUUUCGUAUGCUGAUAAGGUUAAAAUGCAAAAGCCGCUGAAAAGAGAGGUUAACUUCAGAAAACUUGACGCUACAGAGACGGUUAAGGAUGCAGAUAUUCUUAUUCCUCGUGAGGUAAUCCAAAAGGUUCAGGAUAAGUUUGAUAAUGUAUUGUAUGGAUAUUUCUUGGGCAAUCGGUUACCGUUUCCUGUUGUGGAAUACUAUGCAAAAAACGUUUGGGCUAAACAUGGGUUUGCUAAGAUCAUGAUGAAUGUUGAAGGGUUCUUCUUUUUCAAGUUUGAUUCUAAGGAGGGGAUGAUGAAAGUGCUUGAAGGAGGGCCGUGGUUAAUUAGGAAAAUUCCUCUCUUCUUGAAUGUUUGGUCGCCUUCGGUCAGUCUCAAAAAAGAAUGCAUUAAGUCAGUUCCGAUUUGGGUGAAACUCCAUAAUGUUCCUAUUGCUAUUUACACGGAUGAUGGGCUAAGUUUAUUAGCGUCUAAGUUGGGCACCCCUAAACGGUUGGAUGGUUAUACGGCUGAUAUGUGUGUUGAUAAUUGGGGGAGAAGUAGUUUUGCUCGUGCAUUAAUUGAGAUUAGUGCGGAUAAUGAUUUAAAAGAAUAUAUUACGGUUGCUAUCCCUAAGCUUGUAGAGGAUGGGUAUGUUACUCAUAAGGUGAAGGUCGAAUACGAAUGGAAACCUCAGAGAUGCUCGACUUGUUGUGUUUUUGGUCAUAGUGAUCAAUCCUGUCCUAAGAAUGUAGUUCCAAAAGCUAAGCAGGUUGUUAUUGAUGAUGAGGGUUUCGUAACUGAUGAGAGGAAAGUGGCUAGAAAACGUGUUUUACAAAAGAAACAGAGGGCAAACUUUGUGUACAGGCCGAAAAUAGGAAACUCGGGUGCGAGCACUUCAGGCACAAAGGAUGACAAACCGGAUUCUAGUGUGAAGGCCAAUGUAGUGACUAAUAACCCAUUUGAAGUUUUGUCUAAAUCGGAGGGGGGUGCGGAUAUCCCUCCUGGUAAUGUGAAGUCUUCGGAGCCAAAAGUGGUUGGUCCUAGUAGUCCAUAUGAGGACUAUGAGGACGAAGUCGUUGAGGUUGUGCCAACGGAAAUGUCGAAAUUUAUGAGCAACACGUCGCUUGGAAGCAAUGCUGAGGGGGCAAGCACUCCCGGUUUUAAGGGUUUACAUGGAUAG